AUGCGGCUGAGCCGCGUGUGCUGCCUUGUCUACCAGCUGUGCGUGCUGUCCAGCGGGCUGGCCGCAGGUCUCCAUGCUUCCGAAGACUCUGAGGAGUGGGAGAUCGUCUUCCCUGCGCUGUGGAGCCGGGGCCAGCAGGAGCCGGCUGGUGGCAGUGGCAGUGGAGGCAGCUGCAGUGCCGACCCCAGCUGUGGGAACCGGAGCAGUGCCCCCAGCGCCCCCAUCACCCCUAGCCCGGUGGCAGGCAGUUCCCGGGAAGUGCGCUCCGUGUCCUCCUCGGUGGAGGGGCAGGUGCAGGCAGUGGGGGAGGCAGCAGAGGAGGAGGACGCAGAGGAUGAGUACGAGUCGCAGGAGUUCUACCACUGGUCUCCCCUGCCCCAGGGGUCUGGUGCCGCCUCGCAGCUGCCACCGCCGCCUUCCCCUCCGCCACCACCUCCAUCCGAAAAUGGAGAGGAGGUGCUGCUGAGGAUCCCCGCUUUUGCCCGGGAGCUCUACCUGCUGCUCAAGAGGGACAGCCGCUUCCUGGCGCCUGGCUUUGCCGUGGAGGAGCGGCUCAGGGGUGAAGGGAAAAGCCCACCUGGUGCUGCGCAGCCUCAGCCUGAGAGAGCUUGUUACUAUAGUGGUGCUGUUCUCCGCCACCCAGGCUCCUUCGCCUCCUUCAGUACCUGUGGUGGACUGAUGGGGUUUAUACAGAUUAAUGAGGACUUCAUAUAUAUUGAGCCACUCAAUCGCACUUUGGCUGUGACAGGUCAUGCACACAGGGUGUACAGACGAAAAAGGUCCGUAGAGGAGAAAAUUACUGAAAAGCCAGCUUCUCAAAAUCAGUACUGUGGUGUUGUUACAGAUAAAAGAAAAUCCAAGAAUCAAAAAAUAUCAGAGAGUGGAAGAGGAAAAAGAUACUCUUACAAAUUACCUCAAGAGUACAAUAUAGAAACUGUUGUGGUCGCAGAUCCGGCUAUGGUUUCGUAUCAUGGAACAGAUGCUGCCAGACGAUUUAUUUUAACUAUCUUGAACAUGGUUUUUAACCUUUUCCAGCACAAGAGCCUUGGACUGCAAGUGAAUCUUCGGGUGACUAAGCUCGUCCUGCUUCAUGAGACACCAGCAGAUAUGUAUAUUGGACACCAUGGGGAAAAAAUGCUGGAAAGCUUUUGUAAAUGGCAACAUGAAGAGUUUGGCAAGAAGAAUGAUAUACACUUAGAAAUGUCAACAAGCUGGGGAGAAGACAUGUCUUCAGUUGAUGCAGCUAUACUUAUCACAAGGAAGGAUUUCUGUGUACAUAAAGACGAACCAUGUGAUACUGUUGGUAUAGCAUACUUGAGUGGAAUGUGCAGUGAAAAACGAAAAUGUAUUAUUGCAGAGGACAACGGUUUGAAUCUGGCUUUUACCAUUGCCCAUGAAAUGGGUCACAACAUGGGAAUAAAUCAUGACAACGACCACCCAUCCUGUGCAGAUGGUCUCCAUAUCAUGUCUGGAGAAUGGAUUAAAGGACAGAACCUUGGUGAUGUUUCAUGGUCCCGGUGCAGCAGGGAAGAUCUGGAAAGAUUUCUCAGGUCAAAGGCCAGUAACUGUUUGCUACAGACGAACCCGCAGAGCCUCAAUUCGGUGAUUAUUCCCUCCAAGCUGCCCGGCAUGACCUACACGGCGGACGAGCAGUGCCAGAUUCUUUUUGGGCCGACGGCUUCCUUUUGCCAAGAAAUGCAGCAUGUCAUUUGCACUGGGUUGUGGUGUAAAGUGGAAAGUGAGAAAGAAUGCAAAACUAAACUGGACCCACCAAUGGAUGGAACAGAUUGUGACUCUGGAAAGUGGUGUAAGGCUGGCGAGUGUAUCAAUCGGACCUCUUUUGCGGAGCACGUGGAGGGGGAGUGGAGCGCGUGGAGCACUUGCAGCCGAACGUGCAACACUGGAGUCAGCAGUCGACAGCGCAAAUGCCCUGGGUAAGAACAAGAGGCAGCAGAUUGUCAUGGUCCCACAGUACAGUACAGAAUAUGUGAAAAUCCUUCUUGUCCUGCUGGCGUGCCUGCCUUCAGGGACUGGCAGUGCCAGGCUUUCAGUGUCAGAUCCUCCUAUCAGAAGCACGUGCACCAGUGGCAGGCUAUCAUUGAUGAUGAAAAGCCAUGUGCCUUAUUCUGUUCUCCAACUGGAAAGGAUCAACCUGUUCUCCUAACAGAAAAGGUGAUGGAUGGGACUUCCUGCGGCCAGCAUGGGUUCGAUAUCUGUGCAAAUGGUAGAUGCCAGAAAUUUGGCUGUGAUGGCAUAUUAGGAUCUUUGGCUCGUGAAGAUCAUUGUGGUGUGUGCAAUGGUAAUGGAAAGUCAUGCAAAGUUAUUAAGGGGGAUUUUAACCAUACCAGAGGAGCAGGUUAUGUGGAAGCUUUGGUGAUACCUGCAGGAGCAAGGAGAAUCAAAGUUGUGGAAGAAAAACCUGCUCACAGUUAUUUAGCUCUUCGAGAUGCUGGAAAACAGUCAAUCAAUAGUGACUGGAAGAUAGAGCAUUCAGGAACGUUCAACAUUGCUGGGACCACUGUCCAUUAUGUUCGGAGAGGUCUCUGGGAGAAGAUAUCUGCCAAAGGUCCCACAACAUCACCUUUACAUUUAUUGGUGCUACUUUUCCAUGACCAGAGUUAUGGCCUACACUAUGAAUACACAAUCCCACUGGAUCCUCUUCCUGAGAAUCAGAGCUCUAAAGUACCUGAACCUCUUUUCAUGUGGACUCAUUCUGGCUGGGAGGACUGUGAUGCUGUUUGUGGUGGAGGUGAAAGAAAAACGACAGUGUCUUGCACAAAGAUUAUGAACAAGAAUAUCAGUCUUGUCGACAAUAAAAAGUGCAAGUAUUUAACAAAACCUGAGCCACAGAUCCGAAAGUGCAAUGAGCAGCCAUGCCAGACCAGAUGGAUGAUGACCGAAUGGACUCCGUGUUCAAGGACGUGUGGCAAAGGGACCCAGAACAGACAAGUAGCCUGCACACAGCAGCUCAGAAAUGGCACCUUGAUCAGAGCUCGGGAGAGAGACUGCCUGGGGCCAAAGCCCGCUUCUGCGCAGCGCUGCGAAGGCCAGGACUGCAUGACAGUGUGGGAAGCGGGAGUCUGGUCGGAGUGCUCUGUGAAGUGCGGUAAGGGAGUGCGGCAUCGGACUGUGAGGUGUACCAAUCCCCGCAAGAAAUGUGUUUUGUCCACAAGACCUAAAGAAGCAGAAGACUGCGAGGACUAUUCCAAAUGCUACGUCUGGAGAAUGGGCGACUGGUCUAAGUGCUCUGUUACCUGUGGCAAAGGAAUGCAGUCCCGAGUCAUCCAGUGCAUGCACAAGAUCACAGGAAGGCACGGCAACGAAUGUUUUUCCUCAGAAAAGCCUGCAGCCUACAGACCCUGUCAUCUUCAACCCUGCAAUGAGAAAAUUAAUGUUAACACAAUAACAUCACCCAGGUUAGCUGCUUUAACAUUCAAGUGCCUGGGAGACCAGUGGCCUGUGUACUGCAGAGUGAUACGAGAGAAGAACCUCUGUCAAGACAUGAGGUGGUAUCAGCGUUGCUGUGAGACGUGCAGGGACUUUUAUGCGCAAAAGAUGCAACAAAAGAGUUGA